AUGUGGGCCGUCGCUCUGAUGAUCUUCCUGGAAGGCUACAUUCCAGGGGCGCUAGUGCUUGGAGAACGGCUCCGGCAGCAGCGGCUUCAUGGCGCCAAAAGAGUGCUUCUCGUAGUGCCGGGGCGCUUUUCGCACCGCCAGCUCCAGCUUCUUGCAGCCUUCUGGGACGAGGUAGUCCCGGUAGAACAGGGCCAGGAAACACAAAAUAAAAAUUUCAACGACGGCACUUUUUCCGGCUGGCGAAACGGCCACGCCGAGGCCCUCGCCAAAAUCGCCCUCUGGCGCUUGCCCUACGAAAAAGUGCUCUUUCUCGACGCCGAUACCCUCCCGCGGGCAGAUGUGGCCGACCUUUUGGCGGUGGAGUUCGCGCCAGACCAGAUCGUCGCGGCCCCAGACGCCGGGUGCCCUGACACCUUCAACCUGGGCGUUUUCGUGCUACGGCCGCUGCGGGAGACCCACGAGGAAUUGACCAAUGAAAUGGCAAAGGUCGCUUUCGGCGCGAGUUUUCUUUACGACGGCGGCGACCAGGCGCUUUUGAACGCUGUGUUCAACCCUGAUCCAAGCUGGCCCCAGCUUGCGCACUGGAGCGUUUCGCAGCCAGAGGUGCAGCCCCAGAGACCUCGCAGAUGGGUGCAAAUUCCGUACUUGUUCAACACGGCGGCGGAGCUCCAGGGCCCUGUUUUGAGUUUUUACGCUCUGGCGGCCGAAAAGCGGUUUCGUCACGAUGUCGUGUGUGUGCACUUUGUCGGGCCCCGGAAACCGUGGUAUGGAGGCUCGGGAGCGUAUAGUGACGAGUGGUGGGCAGCAUGGAACGAAGUGGUAUCCCGAGGCAGAAGCGUGGAAUCCUUUGAAACGGCGUUUUCGUCGCUGGCAGCGAGGGUCUGCAAUAUGGAGAGUCUUCUUGGGGAGGUCAAAGUGGCUCCCCUUGGCUCAGACCCUGUGUUCGUGGAAAUUGAGGAGUCCAACGAGGAAAGUGUGCCUAUCGAGUCAGAAAUAGCCCCCUCUGUGGCGUUCAAAGACAUGUUUGCGGAUUUGAAUGCAGAGCUCCAGCAGAACAAGCAACAAGCAGUUGAACCUCCUGGAAACUCAGGCUCUGAACUCUGUGAUCCAGCCAAGUACAUCGAGGCCUUUGGACCUACACCCCAGGAGGCUCUGUGGGACGCCACGAGAGAGGAACCACCACAGGAGCUUCCCAAAAACGAGACAUUUGCUGAAGAACUCAAGGCUUAUCGGACCCAGUGGUCUGAGAAUCACGAGACCCAAGAACCUGCUCCAGUUGAGGAGAUUAAAGAGGCUCCCAGGCCAGCUCCAGAAAUCAUCGAAGAACACGAAAACGCCGUUCCCACGGUCGUGGAGGCCACCAAGGCGCUUCAAUUGGAGACUCCAGUUGAACAUCUCAGUAUCUUCCAUAACCAGGUAGCCGAAAGAGUAUUUGACCGGUCGGACUACGUCCCCAUGCACUCGCUUUUGCAGAAGAAGGAGCCCAAAAAGGAAGUGAAGCCCGAGGAGAAGAUUGUUGAUACGGAAAGCGAAGCUGAGGAAAUUGAGGCUGAAGAGGAGGAGGUUGAGGAGGAACCCAUGGAAGUUGAAGAAGAGGAGGUGGUGGAAUCCACUGAACCUGUUCGUCGUCUUGCACCAAUCUUUCCUUGGGAACUCCGGCCUGCUCAUGCUCCCGAACGGAGCUUUGACUGA